CGCGAAUUCCUGCUCACAUUUGGCUCAUGCUGUCCGAAAUCGAGCGAAGAAGUGAGUGGCGUUAAGACACCAACACCGUACCGGUCCCUACCGGCCAAACGAAACGGUUUCAUUCCACUACCGUCAUCCUGUCCGGAUGAUGCUAAUGAUAACACUUGUUUAUAG